GCAUGGUCAGGUCAGUUGGAUCAGUCGUGCAAACAGAAUGGCUCACGUUUGGUUUCUGCGCACAGUUCUACUUUUAUUAAUUUUACCUGGAGGGUGGUUUAAACCUGUUAUCACUCCAGAUGCCCCUCAUCUGGUGAUACUCAAAGGUGGACAACUGGAACUCCGUUGUCAUGAUGAUGCAGAGGCAAGCACGGGCAAGGUGCGGUGGCUGCGGGAAAAAGGUCGGCGGAUCGAUGGGGAGCGAGAGGAAGUUGGAGCCAGUGUCAUCCGUCUCGCUUUCACACAGACGCAUCAUAUGGGCCGUUACACCUGUGAGAACAUACAAACGGGAGCGAAGAACUCCAUCUACAUCUAUGUGAAAGAUUUGGGGAAUGCAUUUGUGCGCUCCAUGGUGAACGGUCUUCUGGUGAGGGAAGGAGAGGACUGCACUCUACCUUGUUUAGUUACAGAUCCAGCUGUCAGCCACCUGUAUUUGCUGACCUGUGCUGGCUCCGCCCUGCCUGGUGGUCUCAACUACACCACGCACCCUCAGAGAGGGAUCACAAUCAGAAAUGUCUCCAAAGCCUUUGAGGGUUGCUACAUUUGUGCAGGGCAGAUGGAUGGAGUACCUGUUCAAUCAAGCCAGUAUAACUUGGAUGUGCGGCAAGUCCCAGCAACAGUGCCAGCAGUUAGCCUAUCCAGAUCAGAAAAUGUGAUUCUGAUCCAGGAUCAGGAGUUUGAGCUCAGCUGUAGUACCAUCAACAUCAACCAUGAUUUCCACCUGAACUGGAGCAUCCCUUCUGAAGCGAUUGCACUGGAGACCCAUCACUCUCACAUAAUACCUGGUUCUCAAGGAUAUCAGCGCUCAGCAAAGCUCUGGAUUCAAUCUGUGAAGAUGAGCGACUCAGGAGUCUUUCGCUGUCAAGCGCAGAAUGAGAGGGGUGUCUCCAUGGCAACUGUCAAUCUGGAAGUUUAUGAGCAUGGUUUCAUUAACCUCACAGAAGGAGGGGACAGUGUGGUGAGAGAGGGUGAAAGCUUGACUCUGAUUGUGGAGAUGACGUCAUACCCCAAACCCAGGGAUGUGUAUUGGACCUACAAAAACCAACAGCUCAAAAACACAUCUGAGCAUGUCAUUACACUUCAGAACCAGCAGUACAGGUACAUCAGUGAACUAAGGCUGGUUCGAGUUCAUGGGUCAGAGGGUGGGAUCUACACUUUCUCAGCCAAUCACAAAUAUGCAUCUGUCAAUCAGUCAUUCACCGUCCAUGUAAUAUGUAAACCUGUGAUUGUUUCCCAGGAGGGGCCGGUUGAUGGACAGGUGAGGUGCGUUGCUUCAGGAUAUCCUGCCCCCAAAAUAUCUUGGUAUUACUGCGAGCCGCCACAUACACGGUGCUCCCACCUGUUGAAUGCGACACAGGCAGAUGAGGAGGUUGCUGUGAUAACAGUGUCAGGGCCAGAGUUCGGACGGAGCGAGGUGGAGAGUCGACUUAAUGUCAGCAAAGGGAAAUAUCACACUCUUGAGUGUGUGGCAACAACGCAGGGCGAGCAGGCCUACACUCUCUUUUCCAUUAGUGAACGAACUGUACCUCAUAAGCUCUUCACACCUCUGUUGUCUGGUGUUGUGUCUACUGCUGUUCUGCUUAGCUUCUUUGUGGUGGUUCUGCUCUACAAAUACAUGCAGAAACCCAAAUAUGAGAUCCACUGGAAGGUGAUAGACAGCUUUGAUGGCAACAGUUAUACCUACAUAGACCCUACACAGCUGCCUUAUGACCCCAAAUGGGAGUUUCCAAGAGAAAGACUGCGUUUUGGAAAAAUUCUUGGAUCUGGAGCAUUUGGUAAAGUGGUCGCGGCGACAGCAUAUGGACUCUGCUCAGCAGACACAGUGACCACUGUUGCUGUAAAAAUGCUAAAAUCGAGCGCUCAUUUGACUGAGAAAGAGGCUCUAAUGUCUGAGCUGAAAGUUUUGAGUUACCUUGGCAAUCAUAUAAACAUUGUCAACUUGCUUGGAGCCUGUACAGUAGGAGGCCCUACUCUGGUGAUCACAGAAUACUGUUGCCAUGGUGACCUGUUGAACUUCCUUAGGAGAAAGAGGGAUGCAUUUUUCAGUUCCAAAACAGGAGAUGGAUAUUACAAAAAUCUGCUCAGCCAAACACAGCCUUCAAGAGACGCCACUGAUAAUGGUUACAUGCCCAUGAGGUCGUAUCAGAAGAGAUCGAAUCAGACAGAAUGGUGUGAUGAUAAAGAUGAUCUCUCUUUGGAUACUGAAGAUUUACUCAGUUUCUCAUAUCAAGUGGCUAAAGGCAUGGACUUUCUCACAUCCAAACAUUGUAUCCACAGAGAUCUGGCCGCCAGGAACAUUUUACUGACUCAGGGUCGGUUAGCAAAGAUAUGUGACUUCGGUCUGGCUCGUGACAUCACUAGAGAUUCCAGCUAUGUCCUGAGAGGAAAUGCAUGUCUCCCAGUGAAGUGGAUGUCCCCAGAGAGUCUGUUUGCUUGCGUGUACACGUUUGAGAGUGAUGUCUGGUCCUACGGCAUCUUACUGUGGGAGAUCUUCUCUCUCGGUAACACACCAUAUCCUGGAGUUCCAGUUGGAUCCACAUUCUAUAAGAUGAUACAAGAUGGAUAUAGAAUGAGCGAGCCUGAGUUUGCCCCAAGUGAAAUUUAUGAGGUAAUGAGAUGGUGUUGGAGUGCUGACCCCCUGAAGAGACCAACCUUCAAGAAACUGGUGGAAAGGACUGAACUGCUGCUGUCAGAAACCACCAAACAUGACUACCUGAAUCUCAGCACAAGCAGCUGUGAAGCAUUUGUUCCUCCAGGCCUGCAGAGGGCGCAAAGGCUGAGUUCAGUGGGCAGCUCAACCGCCUCGACUCAACCACUGCUGCAAGCCACCAAUGAAGUAUUUCUGGAACAUCAAACUGUAUAAAAUGUCACAAAGUCACAAAGUUUUUUGUUUUGCCUGAAAACCUGUUUCCUCGUAUGUUUAACUUAAAGCCAAUGGCCUUAUCCUCCAUUUAAGUUCUGACUCCUUUAACGACUCCAUGAAAUUGUUCGAUGAGCGCAGCUAUUUUCCUUUGUUGACGUACUUCCUGUUAAACAUUCUUGAAUGGCUUGUUCCUUUUUUAAUAGCCAAAAGGCUUUAAAUACAUCACAGCAAUGAUUCAUAAUGUGCUUCUUGCUAAUUUGCAUGUGAUAUACUGUAAGGGGGAGAGACAUUAUCAUUCUAGAGAGCAUUUGAUUGGAUAAAACUAUGUUGUUCGAGAUGAGUCAUGAUUAUUUUUAAUCCAUUCUCCUAGACUAAAAAUACUUUACAUUUUAAAUGCAUAUAGUAUUUAUAUCAACGUUUGAAAAUGAAAGUUCAUUUGAUCAACUUUUAGGAGCUUCUGUUAGCUUCAAAGCUAAUAGCCAGGGACUAACAGCCUAGGGUUGCCACCCGUCCCUUAAAAUACGGAAUCGUCCCGUAUUUGAGAAUAAAAUAGCGCGUCCCGUUUUGGGGUUUGUCCCGUAUUUUCGGAGUUGUCUUCAAUGCAGCAUCUCAUGCAAAUCAUCCCACCGGCAUUCUGUGAAGACUCGUCCUAUUCUGCCCCUGAUUGGGUAAUACUCGCUGCCAUCGUUGGAUUGAUUGGUUUGUUUCAGGUUCACGGCCAAUCAGAGUCAGAGGAGGACGGGUCUCUUGGCAAAGAAUUGAUUUGAAAGAAUGGCGGAGGCUGCUCCAGAUACCCCCCCCCCGCGUCCAGCGCUGAAACGAAAGCGGAUGCAAAAGUACCGACGAGAGUGGGAGGAAUCAAAUACUUGGCUGGAAAGUGUCAGCGGAAAUGAGUAUCAAGCCAAUUGCACAAUUUGUCGGCGAGUGUUCUCUGUUGCGCACGGUGGCUUGUCAGAUGUGCGACAGCAUGCUUCGGGAGAACAACAUUCCCGCAAUGCUAGAGGUCACAGAGAUCAAAGCACCGUCUCACAGUUCUUCAUACCUCAAUCAUCUCCAGGCAGAUAGUGUAAUGACAGUUUUUUAAUCACCUCAAUCAUUUUCUGAUUGAUUACAUUAGAUUUCAUAGGCUGCCUAUUUGUUAAGAAAUAAUGUUAAAAAUGUUAAUGAAUCAUGUUAUGGUAUGAUUUGUUG